AGUCAGUCUUAUCCUCAUGUAGUACAGGAGCCGCAAUUGGUUCUUCACCACAUGCUCUUAGCCUUAUCUAAAUAUUAACAGAUUAUGCACACGUUCAUUCAAACUAACCAAAUGAUAACCGGCUUAUGUCCAUACUGAAGUGUAACCCUAUGACAUGUCGACGUGUUGGUGCUGUAACGCUUAUAAAGAACUCUGUACUAAAACAUCAAUGGUACAUUUUUGGAUUUUCCUCCACCAAAUUAAACAAGUUGCAAGCCUGCAACGAAAGAGAAGGCAAAGAAAGCUAAAGCAGGAGCGAGUGGAGGAAAGGAAGGGAGGGUGUAUCUAAAUCUGCUAAUCCCCCCACACCCCCGUCCUCAAUCUCUGCCCCCUUCAUUCAGUCCGGGAGGAGGACACGGCGUCGGAUGCCCAGUCAGCCACCGGAGGCCAUGAUAAAUGGACAGAAAUUAAGUUAUUUUUGAAAAAAAAAAAAAAAAGAUUAAUUAUUAAACCAUGCAAUUCGGAUUAUUCCCGAAUAACGGAAGAUUCUCGCAACUGUAAUUUGUGUUUGUACAUUUCUGUUUGUCUCCUUGCUUUAUCCUGUAUAGGAAAGGUAGGUCUUACUAGAUAGGGAAAGUGAAACCGUAAGGGUAAGUUAGGUGGGUAAAUCAGGUUUCUUUCUGGAUCUGGGAGUAUCUUUCGGCAUCGGGGUCCCCAAUGAGCGACUCGGAGAAAAGCAGCCGCGACUCAAAGCUGGAGGCGGUGAUACAGAAGCUGGAGCAGAGCGUGCUGUCUGAAGAGAAACGUCUGACAGUCAGAGGCCCCGUGCAAGACGCUCCAGCCACCAGCCUGCCAGCGCGAAUCAGGGAGAUCGUCACUAAGAAUCUUGGCGACGGCACCGGAGGCGCGAUGUCCUCCCUCCUGUCUCUCCAGGAGGAGAACCGGGUUCUGCAGGGCGAGCUGGGCAGGCUGGAAGACCUGCUGGCCCACAGCAGAGCGGAUCGUGAUGAGCUGGCUAUCAAGUAUAGCGCCAUUAGCGAGAGGCUGGAGCAGGCUCUGCGCCUGGAGACGGGCGAGAGGGAGCACGACAGCCCAGACUCGCGCACCCUGGCACAGCAGAACGUGGACCUGCGCAGACGCCUGGACGAGGAGCAGGCGGCGUACAGGCGCAAGCUCACCGCCUACCAGGAGGGGCAGCAGAGGCAAGCGCAGCUGGUGCAGAAACUGCAGGCCAAGGUGCUGCAGUAUAAGAAGCGGUGCGGGGAGCUGGAACAGAACCUGGCAGAGAAGGCAGCAGAACUGGACCAGCGGCAGCUGAGUGGCACGUGCGAUUUGUCUGGCAGCGGCCCCCGGCGGGAAACGGAAGAGCCCAGCAGUGACCUGGAGAACGCUCUGAUCCGAUUGGAGGAGGAGCAGCAGAGGAGCAGCAGCCUGUCUGCCGUCAACGCCAUGCUGCGAGAGCAGCUGGAGCAGGCAGGGCUGGCCAAUCAGUCGCUCAGCGAGGACAUUCGCAGGCUCACUGCUGAUUGGACCAAAGCCAGGGAGGAACUGGAGCAGAGGGAGUCUGAUUGGAGGAAAGAGGAAGAGUCCUUCCACAGCUAUUUCAGCAAUGAACACAGUCGACUGCUGAUCCUGUGGCGACAGGUGGUGGGGUUCAGGAGACACGUCUGUGAGCUAAAGAGCGCCACUGAGAGGGACCUAUCUGAGAUGCGCAAUGAGCUAUCACGGGCGUCCCACGCAGUGCAGUCAUCCUGCACGUGCGUGGCCGCAAGUCUGCGCAGCCGGGAUGCGAGCUCUGCCCUGGUGCUGGAACGGGAGUCUGCGCAGCGCACGCAGCUGGAGCAGCAACUGCGAGACCGAGUGGCAGAGAUGAUGGCCCUGCAGACAAAAUAUGACACCGAGAGGGCGGAGCUUAACAGCAGGCUGACGGAGGCUGUGAAGGAGGCGGAGAGGCUGCAGGCACAGGCGGAGGAGCGGGAGAGAACCAUGGCCUCCCUCAGCCAGAAGCUGGAGGAGCGGAGGGGAGAUGACGAGUCGGAGCUGCACUCCCUGAGAGCGCACACAGACACCCUGCUGCAGACGCUAAGGGACAUCGCUCAGGUUUUGCUGUCAGACGGCGACACUGCUCCCUCGUCCGAUGCUGAGGGAGAGCAGGAUGGCUUAGGGGCCUCACUGAAGCUCCUUCUGCGGGGCCCCUCCCCGCACCGGCCCUCCUCUCCUCGUCGCUCCUUCUCCCUGCUCCCCCUGGCAGACUCCAGUCUGUCCGCCCUUCGCUCCCUGGUGAGCAGUAAGCAGCUGCAGUUGCAGGAGACACGUGGGCGCCUGCUGUCUGCGCAGUCCUCAGCCCAACAGCUGCGCAGGCAGCUGACGGAGGCAGAGGCGGGCCGCCAAGAGGUGGAGCUGCGUUGUCAGGAAGUGCGGGGGGAGAGGGACGAAGCCCAAAGAGAGAGGGAUGCGACACUGAGGGACCGGGAGCGCCUGAGGCAGGACAGGGACACGCUGGCCAGCGAGAAGCUCUGCACAGAGAAGGCGGCGCAGGCGGCGCAGUCACGGGCGCAGAUGCUGCAGCUGGACUGCGAGAAGCUGCAGCUGUCACUGGCCACUGUGCAGAGAGAGAGAGACCAUGAGAGGGAGGAGAAGGAGGCCGUGGCCCAGGAGAGGGAGCGAGCACGGGCAGAGAUGGAGAGAGUGCAGAGACAGUUGGAGCAGAGUGAGAGCCGAGCCUCAGCACAGCGCAGUGAACUGGCUGCAGUGAGGGAGAGUCACCAGCAGGAGGUGGUAAAGAGGCAGCUGCUGGAGGGCGCGAAGGCACAGCUGACUGAAGUCCUGGGCAGGGCGGAGUGCAGCAAUACGGAGCUCUCACUGUUGGUGAACAAGAUCCGGUCUGAGGAGGCCUCGCUCCGUGACUCGCUGGCCAAGAUGGGCAGCCUGAAUGAGGGGCUGGCCCAGGACAAGGCAGACCUCAACGCCAUUAUAAUCCAGAUGGAGGAGGAGAGGGGGCUACUGCUGGCACAGAAGCGGGAGGCUGAGCAGGAGAAGCUGACCGUCCGGGAGGAGCUGGUGCGCUUGGAGCAGGAGCGGCUGGAGUUGGAUUCUGCCCGCCUGGCCCUUCACCAAUCACUGCAGGAGGCGGAGCUGGGGAGGGCAGGUCUAGAGGCAGAGCUUCAGACGCUCAAGGCUGAUAGGACGAAGCUGCAGGACAAAGUGACUCAGCUUUGCGGAGAGGUCAGCGCUUUGGGGGCGGAGCUGGGGGCAGCCCGUGGUGAGGGUCAGAGGCAGGGCGUGGCCCUGGAGGAGGCGGGCCGGAGCCGAUCGGAGCUGGCCCGUGAGAGGGCGGGCCUGGUGGUGCAGCUCACGGCUUCCGAGAGGGAAAACGCUGCACUCACCGAGGAGCUGGCUGCCUUUAGGUCGGAGAGGGAGGCCCUGGAGACGAGUCUGUUCGAGGUGCAGCAACAGCUGGCGCAGCUGGAGUCCCGCAGGGAGCAGCUGGAGUCGGAGAAUCAGGUCCUGCGACUAGGCAGGGACACGGCCGCCGCGGAGCUGAAGCGGGUGCGAGCAGAUGGGGAGCUGGCCCAGGCGCAGAGCGAGCGGGAGAAGGAUAAUUUAGCGCAGACCCUGGCACUCACCCAACAGGAGGCUCAGCAGGUCCUGCGCAGUGCCCAGAUCGACCACCAGGAGGAGCUAGAUAGGCUCAUCUCAGAAAAGGAGGCGCUCCGGAGGCGCCUGGAGGCAGAGCAGGAGGAGAUGGGCCGCAGGUUGCGACAGGAGGCAGAGGAGGCCCUCCUCCGGGUGGAGCGGGAACAGGAGGACCUGAGGAGAGAGCUGAGCACCCUGCAGCACGACAGGGACCAGAGUCUCCUGCAGGCUGAGAGCGACAAGCAGCAGGCCCUGUCUCUCAAGGAGGCAGAGAAGGCGGUGCUGUCUGAGCGGGUGUCUGCCCUGCAGGCUGAGCUGGGGGGGGUCACCCUGGAGUUGGACCGGCUGCGUAGGGAAGUGGCCCGCCUCAAAGAGCAGGAGAGGGCUACGGUGGGGGCUCUGACUGAGGAGCUGCAAGACCUGCGAUCGCAGUUGGCCGACGCAGGCGAUGCGCACGGCCGUGAGCUGAGCCGGCUGCAGGAGAGCUGCGCAGACCUGCAGACGCACGCAGACGCCGCCCUGAAGGAGCUGGAGGAGUGCAGGGCCUCCCUGUCGGGCAGUGAGGAGAGUGGCCACGGACUGAGGAGGGAGCUGCUGGAGGCGGAGAGGCAGAUCUGCCAGCUGCGUGACGGCCGGGACGCCCAGCGGCGGGAGGUGGCGGAGCUGCGGAGGGCCCUGGGGGACGUCACCAAGGAGAGGGACACGCUAGGCCAGUCCAACAGCCAGCUGAGGGAGAGCCUGAGGACGGCGGAGAGUGAGCGCAUCAGCACAAAACGUCAGUGUGAGGAGAAGGACCAAAAGCUGGCUGUGCUGGAGGAGAGCCUGGCAUCUGCGCAGCGUGAGGUGGCUGAGCUGCGCAGCUGCCUGCGGGAGGUGGAACGGUCGCGGCUGGAGGCUCGCCGGGAACUGCAGGAGCUGCGCAGACAGAUAAAGGUGCUGGACGGAGAGAAGGAGCAGAGGGGCCGGCAGGUGGCAGAGUUACAGGCCCGGAUCUCCUUGGAGGAGCAGCGGGACGAGGAGAGAGCGAGGGAGACGUUCACGCUGAAACAGAGGCUGGCCGAGGCAGAGACAGUCAGGAACACCCUCAAGAAGGAGAUGUCCACGCUGCAGCGGCGACUUGCCGACUCGGAGUGCGGCUGGCGCAGCAGCGAACGGGAGCUUUCUGCUCAGCUCCAGGAAUCCCGCGGCUGCGAGAAGAAGCUGCAGGACGAGGCGCGCAACCUGGCGCUGCGGGCGCAGACGGCGCAGGACGGGGCGGCGCAGGCCAGCUUGCACCUCAGCGAGGCGCAGGGCCGCCUGGCCGCCACGGAGGCGGAGCUUGCCCGUGCGGAGGCCCGUGCCAAGGAGUUGGAAUUCCGACUGGGGAGCCUGCAGUCGGCGCUGAGCCGCACGCUAGGCAUCGGCGCUGGGGGCAGGAGGAGCUCGGCCAGUGGCCGGGGGCGGAGCCCCGCCACCACAUCCCCUGGGACACCCGCGCUCUCGCGACAUCGCAGCGUCUCGCCCCUACGCCGCUCCACAUCACCCUCCAGAGGCUGGGAUGAGCCGAGCAGCAGUGGGGCCUCGGAGAAGGGCGCAGGCUCGAGACCCAUCUCCCCCGAGCGGGGCGACACUCCGCUGCCCCUUCCCCUGCCGGAGCUGGACUCAGAGACCCUGCGCAGUGGGCUGAGGGAGUUCCUGCAGGAGCUGCGGGAGGCACAGAGGGACAGGGAUGACGCGCGUUGCCAGAUGGGGGCGCUGCAGAGGGAGCUGGAGGAGGUGUGUGUCGAGAGGGACUCGGCCCAGACCAGGCUGGCCCAGCUGCAGAACGCUCUCGCUGACUGCCAGGAGGGGAAGCGUGGGGCAGACGGGCGCCUGAGCUCAGCACAGGCCACGCUGCAGCAGCAGGAGGAGGCGCUGAGGCGAGGAGAGCGGGAGAGGAGGGCACUGGGAGACAGGGUGAAGGAGCUUGAGAGAGUGAUGCAGGGCGCAGAGGCAGAGAGACGCCAUGCGCAGGAACAGCUCAGCCGGCUGAAGGCGGGGGAGGCACGGCUGGAGGCCGAGCGGAAGAAGCUGCGGGAGGCGCUGGAGGCGGCGGAGGGGCGGGGCACUAAACUGGAGCUGAUGAGGCGGAGCCAGGAGGGGGAGCUGCAGCGGCUGAAGCUGAGCCUGGUAGAGCGGGAGGCGGAGAGUCAGGCUUCUCAGGAGCGUGUUGAAGGCCUGCUGAAGCAGGUGACUGAGGGGGAUGGGCGCGUGGCGGGCCUGCAGAGGGAGGUGGAGAGGCUGAGCCAGGCCCUUGCCAAGGCCCAGGAGGCAGAGUCAGUACUGAAGGAGAAGGUGCAAAACUUGACGCAGAGCCUACAGGAGGCCACUGCCGCCCACAGCGCCACCCAGGGGCGCCUGACUGCACUGCAGAAGACGCUGAGCACCUCUGAGCAGGACCGUAGGCUGAUGCAGGAGCGCGUGGAUGCCACCCGCGGGUCCCUUUUGGAGGGGAAACGCAACAUCGCGGGCCUUACUGAGCACGUGCAGAGACUGCAGGCCGACCUGGCACAAAGCGAACUGCGCAGGGAGGAGCUGGAGGCUGAGCUGAACCACACGCAAGAGGCCUUGAGGCAGCGGGCGGCCAGCCUGGUGGAGGCGCAGCGCACAGUGCAGGUGGCGCAGGCGGAGCGGGCCGCCAUGGAGGAGCGUCUGCGCGGCCUGCAGAGGGCGGUGGCCCAGCUGGAGACGGAGAAGCGGGAUGCGGAGAGGCAGGCCGUGCGGCUGGAGAAGGACAAGAACGCGCUGAGGAGCACCCUGGACAAGGUGGAGAGACAGAAGCUGAAGUCCGAGGAAGACGGCAUGCGACUCUCAGCUGAGAAAGGCCGCUUGGAUCGCUCCCUGAACACAGCUGAGCAGGAGCUGCAAGAGGCCCAGAGGCAGAUCGCCAUGCUGCAGACCCAGCUGGCAGAGAUGGAGCAGUCCCACAGUGCCGGCGAGAGCUCGGCCCGGCAGAGAGAUGAGGCCCAGAAGGAGGCAGAGAGGCUGAAGGCCACCCAGAGGGAGGCAGAGCGCACCCUGGCUGCUCGGGAGAGGGCACACCGACACCGAGUCAAGGGGCUGGAGGAGCAGGUUUCCACGCUAAAGGAGCAACUGCAGCAGGAGAUAAGGCGUCGGCAACCCCCUCUGCCCGCCUCCCUAAUCUCCAGUGGGAAUUGAGUGCCAUUCUCUAGUGCCCCCUGGC